AUGCCUGGUGAUCAAGACCUCUGGGAUGCGCCUUCAGAGAGGCAAUGGCUUCUCCUGAAUCACAAUCAACCUCGAGGAACACCGUUGAGUCUGGGAGAGGCGAUGUCUAAGCUCAUGUACGACCAAACUGCGAGAGAGAUUCCAGAGACCUCAUGGAAAUGGUCCCCAUUCGCAACUGCUGUUGCUAUGUACGCAGUUGCGACGCAGAUUUGGUAUAUCUCCUCGGCUAAAAACCUUGGAAUAUUGCCUGGAGAUCAUGGGAACCAUACCAUAUUGUCUGGCCCCGGAGAUAUCAUGGAGACCGAAGCCGCUCUGAAUAGGUGCAGAGAUCUCCUCAUGAGCGCAAAGAAUGCUAAUGAGGUUACUUGGAGUGACGACGACGGGCCCAUGCUUUUUAACUGCAUGGCCGUUCUCCGGGUUGCGUACAGUCGCGCUUGUAUGCUCACUGCAACUCUGGACCGGUUUAUCCUGCUAAGGGAAACACGUGGUGAGAUCGUGGAUGCCAUCUCGAAAUACUUAUCCAUCGACCAACCUCGCAGUGAAUCAAUCACAAAGGCUGUGGCAAGAUCGGUUGAAGGCCUUUUUGUCCCUGCUCGGGCGGGAGUGUUGUUGACGCUCAAAACCGCCGCACUGACGUGGUGGGUGGAUCAUGCCAUCGCGGGUUGGGACACAGCUCUGUUUGUCACACGCUGGAUCCACGCAAUUGAACAAGCGGAGCUCUCCCACGAUUUUGUCAAUGACUCGGAGAGACAAACUAUAAAAAUGGUACAUCGCCUCAUGACAGAAGCUCAAAUCCGAUUUACAAGUACCGAGUCUUUAGCAGCAGCUGUCACAAGGUUUUGGGCUCCAUUUUUCACCGAUACGUGGGUCUGGGGAGUCACUCCACGGAUUGGCUUUGUAUUACAAGAGCUUGCCAAAGCCUACGAGGCUUCGAGAUUGCGGGUGCAUAGCUAG